GUUUAUUUUGCAGAUGGCUUCACCUGUGAAACUGCCAGCUGGUGCUAGCGAGAACGCAGACGUACGCGAAUUACGCCUUAGAGGCCAGGUUUUAUCUGUGAGUAAAUUGUCAGCACAAUCUAUUUAUGUGAAUUCUACUGUAUAGACACACAAGUAGUGGAUUUAAAUUAUUUGAAUUGGACUGUAGUGGAUGAACAGUAUGUGUUUCGCAAUUAAAAGGUUGUACAGGAUCUGAUUUGACUGUUAUCACGUGUUGUAGUGUAUUAUCUAGCGGUGUGGAAAUAGUUUUAUAGGGAGAGGAUUUAUAUAUAUAUGUAAUAGUGGUAAGUAUUGUGCUAUUAAGGACAUAAUGAAGAAGAAUGUUUUUGUGUGAACACAGUACAACAUUUCUUUGUUAUUUAGUAGGUAGCAGCUGCAUUGGUCAUCUUAGACAUGUUAAGUACUGCAGAGAACAAAUUCUGUAGAUGAGGAAGUGAAAUUUAAUUAAUUGCAUGUUAAUUGUGUGUGUGUUCUAGUUCUUGUGACAGUAAAGUUAAGAUUUAUGAUUAAAUGUGUGAGUUGCUCUGGAGAAUCUUGAAAACUUAAAAAAACAACUGGACUGUGUAAGGUUCAGAAGACAUUUUGCUUCUUAUCUAAGAAGCUUCUUCAUUUCAUAAUUGCUAGUGUGAGGAGCAGAAAUGUGUCUCACUGAAGAAAAUGCACAGAAAACAACUGGGAGGUGUUAGGUCGUCAACUUUGGGUGUGUCCCCUUUUAUUUUAGUUCACCUGAAUGGGCUAACAACUUAAACAUAGCCCCUGUACUGUAACCACACCCAGGGUACUUCGUCCCAGGUGUGACUCUGUAUUUUGAUGUCUGAAACUGGUUUUCGGUUCAGAUGAGCUUAAUUUGUGUUUUUGUUGUUUUAGUUAUAAUCAAUUAUUCCUGUCUGUAUUUUUGUUUCAGUAUGCCAUAAACGACCAAACCCUGGAUAGGGCGGCCUUGUUUGAGGAGAGCAUGGCAUGCAAUGCUCUUGUUAUAAACACCACAUCAAGGAUGGCAAGGCGCAUGAAAGCCGCUGAGCAACGAUCAGCGUGUUUAGAGAAAGUGCUAAACACUUCUCAGGAAGAAGUUACAAGGUUAAAGCAGGCCAACCUCAAGCUGACAAAGCAGUUAGAGGCAGCCCAACUGAGUAUUGAGAGCUUGUGUAAGUAUUACAUGGGUCAUAUGGGUGGUUUUCAUUGGUGAAAAUUAUAAUGUGUUAUUAACAAGUGAAAGUACUGUAAUAAGUAGUUAAUAUUGGCACCCUUUGAAGUUGUUGCGUUAAUAUAUGUUUACAUGUGUGUAAUUCUUUUUUUGACAAUUGUGUGUCAUAAUGCAUUUGUCUUUGUAUGUGUUGUUGUGUAUGGGGUCAAUAUAUUUCUCAUUGGUGAAAUGUUGUUUGAAAUAUUUUUAGAUGGACCUGAUGACUUGUUCAACAGUGUGGAGAAGCCUGGUGAUCUUGCCAGCAAUAAGUCAGGAUUGGAAAGUAAAUAUGUGGCAUAUUUGUAAUUAGCACAAUUAGUAAAAAAAAGAGGAUAUGAGUUUGUUAUGUGAAGCCAACAAAAAGGUUAUGUUUUUGUGUUCUUCUUGUUAUUUUGACAUGUUGCAUGUCCCAUUUUUCUGUAGAGUGAAAGUGAUAUUGUAAAAAUGAUUAACAUUGAUUUGAAUCAUGUGUAGGUGUACCACCAGUAAAGGCAGCUGCAAGUCCAACCGUAGCAGCUGGGGAAGCAGUGGCUGCUGCCCUUGAAGUCAUGGAGGAGGGGGGGGAUAUAAGCAAUGCCUCUAACUUGGAAAUGACUGGAUCUUGAGAGGCAUAAUAGUUUUAUGUAUAUUUAUGUGUGCUUGUAUGUUUGCUGAGUGUGCUUGUUAUUUUGUAUCAUAGUUACUUAACUUAUUAGAAGUGCAGUUUUUGUGUUUUGCUGUUGCC